AUGACAAUGCUUGUUACAGGAUGGUGGUUUCUGUUAUGCUGUACCAUGUGGAAAAUGGGAAAGGACUGGCACAGUUAGAGGUGUUUUGCAAACAGGAACAAUGUCUUUGUAUGGGAAAUAGUUUUGGAAUACUGCGGAGAGAAACAAAGACCUCACUUAUCUAGAUUCUUGCACUGUGUUGAGAUCCAGCCUAAUUAGAACUGCUCUGCUUGCCUGAGGUCACAUAUGAAUAAGCACCAUGAAAUGGCAUUUGUUGGUCACUCAUCUGUUGGUAGCCCUUUUUGGCAUGGGCUCAUGGAUUGCAGUGAAUUCUCUAUGGGUGGAGCUUCCAGUAGUGGUGAAGGAGUUGCCAGAAGGGUGGAACUUGCCUGCAUUCCUCACAGUUCUCAUUGCCCUGGGAAACAUCGGUCCAGUUGCUGUUGCGCUCGCUCAUAAGUUUGCUCCAGGAAAGCUUAACGAGCAGCUCUUCAUUCAUUCCAUCCAAGCGACAGGUGCCGCCGCUGCUGCUUUCCUGGCUACUUUCUGGCAGUGGACUGUAGAGGUCGAUGAGGUUUCACGAAGUGUGCCUUACAUGGUGUUGGCAUUUGUGCUGGGAACUGUCUGCUGUACAUCCAAUGUCACAUUCCUGCCAUAUAUGUACAGCUUUCCUCCUGUGUACAUCAGAACCUUUUUUAUUGGGCAAGGUUUGAGUGCGCUGUUUCCCUGUGUUGUGGCAUUGGCUCAAGGGGUUGGAAAACUGGAAUGCCGGAAUAAUACAUUUGGGAAUGCAUCGGAGCCAGUGUACUUUGAAGAAAAAUUCCCAGCUGAUCAUUACUUCUGGUUCCUUUUUUGUAUGAUGUCCAUUUCUGCCAUUUCAUUCUUUGCUUUGGUUCAUUGGCAGGCAAGGGAGACAUCAGGCAAUGCAGAUAUAAAUUGUACAAAUGAAACCGCCACCAAGGAGGAGUCUGACCCACUGAACAGUGGAACACCAGUGUCAAAUGGAGAAUUAGAAAUCGCAAGGGGUCCACCAGAUACACAUUCCGCCUCCUUCUGGACACUAACCAACUGCUACCUCCUAGUGUUGCUUUUCCUGUCCAAUGCACUCACUAAUGGGGUGUUACCAUCAGUACAAACCUAUUCCUGUCUACCUUAUGGAAGUAUGACCUAUCACCUUUCAGUGGUGUUAGGAAACAUCUCUAAUCCAGUGGCUUGCUUCAUUGCCAUGUUUAUUUUGUGCAGAUCCAGUAUAGGCCUAGGUGCCAUUGCAACAAUUGGAAGUGUUUUUGGUGCCUACCUGAUGGUGCUGGCUGCCCUCAGCCCCUGCCCCCCACUACUGGGAAGUCAUGCUGGAACGGCUUUGGUGGUAAUUUCCUGGAUCAUUUUCACUGGUACACUUUCUUAUCUGAAGGUUGUAAUCGGGAGUCUGUUGCACGAAGCUGGCCAUGCUGCCUUGUUCUGGUGUGGAGCUGUCAUCCAAGCUGGCUCACUGACUGGUGCACUGAUUAUGUUUCCAUUGGUCAGUAUUUACCACAUGUUCCAAAGUGGGCGGGACUGUAUAGACAGUUGUGUAUCGUGAUGAUAUUGAGACAAAAUGAAAAUGUCUAAUGUUUUCAUUGGAGUGGCAGAAAGCCAUGUGAACGUUUCGUAUGAAAAAGUCCGGUAUUACAGUUCCUCACUAUCAGAUCCUGCAGCGAGUUUCCCUAAGCUCAGCACUAGGUAACACUCAAGUGUGUGGUGCACCACUACGUUGGAAACAUUAAAGUGAAUCCAUCCUGCAUUUGUACAUGUAUGGGAAUUCUAUUUAAAGUUGCUGGAAGGAGAACAGUGACACUGGAUGCUCUCUGCUCCACUGGAUUGUUUAUUAUGAUAAAUGCUGUCACAGCUGCACUUAUAGAAUUUGUUUUCAUUUAAAACUACUAAUAAUUCCACUGAAUUCAGAGCAGGGCAUAUAGAUGAGUUAAGAAAUGUCUCAUUUGUGUUGUGUUGUGUUGUACUUGUCUCUAAAAUUAUUUUUGUAGUUUUUUGACCAACUCAACUUACCCAUUUCCUACCCCUUAGCAUUCUGUCAUUCUGUCCAGGUUUAUUGACAUUUGCAAAUAAAAUGGCAGUGCUUUUUUGUACAA